AUGACCAUCAGCAGUCGAUGUCUCAUGAGCAGCAUCAGCACCAUGAGCACCAUGAGCAUCAUGAGCAUCAUGAGCAUCAUGGGCAUCGCGAGCACCAGCACCAGCAUCCUUAUGGCCAGCAUCACGGCGAGCACCAUGGUCAGGGCCAUCAUAGCCAGCAUAAUGGGCAUCAGGGAUACGGGUCCCACAGUGGGCAUGGGUACUAGGCUUGUCCGACUUUAUGUUUAG